AUUUUGUUACGUAUUUUGUUAUGUCGAAAGACGAUACCCUAGAUAUACUCGCUUCGGGGAGUUCUUCUGAAUUUGAAGGUUUUUCAGAUUCUGAUACGGUUCAAAAUCCUGAAAAUGACAGGGGUAAACAACCUCUUGCCUCGACAUCUUCUGCUGGCAAGAAAAAGACUAAGGUUAAAUCAGUUGUUGUUAAAGCUAAAAAAGGUAAGAAAAAUAACAAUUCUGAAAAAAUUAAGAAAACAUCUUCGGAUGGAAAAAGGGGGCGUUCCUCGGACCCUCCUGUGGGUACUUCGGACCCAGGUAAUAUUUUAGAUUUAUCUAAACUCUCGGAGCAUGAUAUAGAGAGUCUUAGGACUGCUCUAGGUAUUAUUCCACAAGAAAGAAAUAUUGGUAAUUCCUCUACAGUUGAUGAUAAUAACAAUUUAUUAUAUGACGAGAAUGUGGAAGAUUCUGAUUUUUACAGUGCCCAUCCUAGAGAUAAUAUUAGAGUUCAGGUUGAUGCAUGUGACAUUUCAGAUUAUGAAGAUGAUUUUUCAACUUUUCAUAAUCAGGGCCCUAGGGACUUGAAUAAGGAUUUUCAUACUGCUUUUGAUUCAAGCACUGUUGUUGAUGACGAUGCUGGUUUUUCUUGGGAUUUACCAAAAGUGAAGGCCCCUGAGAGGGGUGAUGCCAUUUCUGACUCUUUGUCAAAAUUGAUAAAUACUGCUUGCACAGUACAGUGUGACACCGAUUCUCUUUUCAAUAGAUAUUCUGUUCCUUCAAAUUGUGAUUUGGCUACACCUCCUCUUGUUAAUCAAGAAGUGUGGAGAUUUUUGGAUAAAAAAGGACACAUGCAGGAUAAGUCUUUAGUUGAUAUUCAGAACUUAUUGAGUACAAGUUUUGUUCCAGUCAUCAAGUUAAUUGAGAUGCUAAAGAAGAAUAAGUCUUUAAAUGAGGAGAUGAAAACUUUGAUUACAGACUUGAUUACAGGCUUAGGCCAGGUGCAGUAUAAUAUAAGUUUGCGCAGGAGGUAUUAUAUAAGACCUUAUCUUAAAAAGAAAUACAGUCCUUUGUGUAAUAUGUCAGUGCCAAUUACAACAAAGCUCUUCGGAGAUGAAAUUUCAAAAGAGGUGAAAUCUUGUGAAAAUAUUUCCUUUCUGGGGAAAGACAAUUUCCAAACUACAAAUUUUAGAGGUGUGAUGAGAUCUAGAGGUAGAUUUAGAGGAAGUCGUGGUUAUGCAAAUGCUGGAAACAAUGUUUAUGCUAGUUCUUAUCAGCAGUCACAAGGAUUUCGUCCAUACCCUUAUCCUAUGAGAGGUAAUUCUUUUAGAGGCAGCAACGCUGUAAGAUCGAGAGCUCCUAGGAGACGUCCCACUGCCACUGUAACCUCUGAUGCUGUGCGUGACCCAAACGAGAGAAUUUAGUUGAGAAGGUAGGUGGUGUUGGUAAGACAAGAUUUUGUUUAGACAAUUGGUUAAAAUUUACGAAGGAUCCUUGGAUCUUGGGUGCCAUUACAGGUUAUAAGAUUGAUUUUGUUUGUAAACCUUUUCAGAGCAGAGUUCCAGGAGAAAUUCCUUUUGCUUUUGGUCAAAAAGAAAUUGUUGAUUGUGAAGUUCAGGAACUUCUAAAUAAAGGUGCUAUAAUAGAGUCUAAUAUGGGGGAUGAUCAAUUUAUCUCAACAAUUUUUAUUGUUCCAAAGCCUAAUAAUAAAUUUAGGCCAGUUAUUAACUUAAAAUUUUUGAAUGAAUUUGUUCAGUACAACCAUUUUAAACAAGAAACAUUCAAUAUUGUUUUAGAUUUGUUGAAACAAAAUGAUUACAUGACAAAAAUAGAUUUGUCUGAUGCAUACUUUUCUAUUCCUAUUCAUCCAUCUUAUUGGAAAUAUCUUAAGUUUUCCUGGAACUCUACCUUGUAUUCUUUUGUUUGUCUACCUUUUGGUUUAAAGAUAGCACCGUAUUUAUUUACAAAGAUUAUGAAACCAGUUUUUGCUUGGUUUAGGCAACAAAAUAUUAGGUCAUCUUAUUAUAUAGAUGAUUCUAUAAAUAUGGAUCAAUCAAAGAUUGUUUGUGAAGGUAACAGUUGUAGAAUUUUAGAAACUUUGCAAAGCCUUGGUUUUACUAUUAAUAGGAAAAAAUCAGUAUUGGUGCCCUGUCAGAGGAUAGUUUUCUUUGGACAUGUUAUUGACACGGUCUGUUUUAAAGUUUUCCUUACUGAUGAAAAAGUUGAAAAAAUUAUUAAAAAAGCUGGUAGUAUACUAGAAUGUGAAUUAGUUGUUGUUAGAGAACUAGCUUCUUUUAUUGGUUUGAUCGUAAGUAGCUUCAAUGCUAUUUUGGAAGCUCCUUUGCACUAUAGGGAGUUAGAAAGAGAUAAAAUUUGCGGACUAGGGUCCGAUAUGAAUUUUGAUAACAAGACUGUUCUAUCUAUUUUAGGCAGACAAGAAGUUAUUUGGUGGUUCAAUAAUGUUAAGUUAAAAAAUGAUUACCAAGGCAUACAGACCUAUUAGUGCUUCCGCACGACGGACAGAAACAUCCUUUGUCAAAAAGAAUGAAGAUGGUUGGUGUUGUGUUGUCAGGAAAGCAUUCAAAGAUACAGGACUUCCGGAAGAAAUUGCAGGUUUCAUAUCCAACUCAUGGUCUAAAGGUACACGUAAACAGUACACAAGUGCUUGGAGCAAGUGGUGUAUUUGGAAUUAUCUCAGAGGUUCCAAUCCACUUUGUGCCUCUGAAACGGUUGUAAUUUGCUUUUUAUAUUUUCUUUAUAGAUCCGGUAAAUCUUACUCUACAAUAAAUAUUCACAAGGCUAUGUUAAUUCAGACUUUAUUAAUUUUGGGAAAUAAAUGGUGUAAAAAACUUUCUAUGAUAAAUAGAUUUAUGAAAAGUGUUUUCAUUCACAAACCAACAAAACCCAGAUAUUUUUUAACAUGGGAUGUUUCCGUUGUUCUUGAAUAUUUAGGAAGUCUAAUGCCUUUAUCAAGUUUGUCGUUAAAAUUGUUGACUUUUAAGACGUUGGCUUUGGUUGCGUUGGCUACAGCACCCAGAGCACAGACUUUGUGUGCUUUGAACUUAAAUAACAUGAUAGUGGAACAACAGGCAGUUGUUUUUACUUUUUCCGAUAUUUUAAAGACUUCAAAGGCAGCACAGUGCUAUUCGUUAAAAGUGGAACAUUUUAGUAAUGAGAAUGUUUGUGCUAUGCAUACUUUACUUUAUUAUAUAAAAAGAACGUCUUCUUUAAGGUUAAGUAGAAAGGUUUUUAUUUCUUUUGUUUCGUAUAAAGAGGUUACUACUUGUACUUUAGCCAGGUGGCUUCGAACAGUGCUUGAUUUAUCUGGUAUAGAUUCAAAUAUUUACAAAGCGCACUCUUAUAGAGGUGCUUCUGCUUCGGCAGCUUAUAACAAAGGUUGUUCCUUGAAGACAAUUAUUUCUCAUGCUAAUUGGAAAUCGGACAAGAAUUUUAAGAAGUUUUAUUGUAGAAAUAUUGACAAAAAUGUUCCUUAUAGUAAUGCGGUAUUUGAGGGUUAAAAUAAAAUUAUUUGUAUGGUAAGCUGGAACGUCGCGAUAUGACCUAUACUGUGUCAAUGUGACGUAAAAUUCGAGACAAACAAACAAAUAAAUUUGUUUUGUAUUAUGUAUGUUAUAUAUUUUGUUGUCUUUAAAGAUGCUAUUUGUACAUGUGAAAGCCAAAGGCUUUAUGAAAAAUAAUGGACCCCCAUCCAAGCUUUAGUGCAGGAUGGAGGGCAUUAUUUGAGUAAAGCCGGAGGCUAAGCAUGUACAAACCCUGCCCUUGAUUAAUUAUAUUAAUAGUGUAUUUAUACCCUCCUCUGUUAUUCGUAACAACAAAAUAUAUUGUCUUUAAAUUGUGAUUUCUCACGCUAUUUCCGGUAUUGAUCACGUGGUCUUAUUGCGCAUGCGUGAUUAUUGGCGGGUAAUUUAAAUCCUUUAAAUUUGCGAUGUUUUUCAUACGACCAAGAUGAAAUGCUAUUUGUACAUGCUUAGCCUCCGGCUUUACUCA